GCUAUGCCCCCUUCCUUCUGAGUGGUCUCGCAGCCCAGGGCCGUGUAGGAAAGGCAGAUGAAGAGUUUGCGGUUUCUGAGGCAGCUCUGCCUCCAGAACCUGUGGUCUGAAGGCCGUAUGUUAACGCUGAAGUCUACUUUUGUGGAGAGCCUUGGUGCUUUUUUUUGAGAGGUCCUGGGGGAAUAAGGCACUAGGAUGUAAUAUCAUUAAACUAUUGCUAAUUAUGCCCCCUUUUUGUCCAUUCAAGUCUGUUUACCUUCUAUGUUGUUAUUUCUCACAACGCGAAACCUCUCCUUGGUCUGUAAGCAAACUACCAAUUAAAGUGACUUAUUUGCGGAGGGUUGGAUUGAACAUCAGUGAUUCCACAGGAAUAUUAUUUGGAAGACAUAUGGAAGUUCUUCGCCCACAGCUUAUAAAAAUUGGUGGACGGAUUUACAGGAAGAAUCCCAUCCAAGAACAGACUUAUCAACAUGAAGAAGAAGAUGAAGACUUUUAUCAAGGCUUCAUGGAGUGUGCAGAAGAGCCCUGUGAUGCCUACGAGGUGGUGCAGACCCAGCAAGGCUUCCGGUGUACCGUAAAGGCCCCCAGCCUGCUCUACAAGCAUAUAGUUGGAAAGAGAGGGGACACUAGGAAGAAACUAGAAGUGGAGACCAAAACUUCUAUUAGCAUUCCUAAGCCUGGACAAGAAGGAGAAAUUGUAAUCACUGGCCAGCAUCGAAGUGGUGUAAUUUCAGCCCGAACUCGGAUUGAUGUUCUUUUGCUCACUUUUAGAAGAAAGCAGCCCUUCACUCACUUCCUUGCCUUUUUCCUCAAUGAAGUUGAAGUUCAGGAGCGAUUCCUGAAGUUCCAGGAAGAGGUACUGGAGAAAUGCUCCAUGGAUCAUGGAGUUGAUAGCACCAUUUUCCAGAAUCCCAAAAAGCUUCACCUAACUAUUGGGAUGUUGGUGCUUUUGAGUGAGCAAGAGAUCCAGCAGACAUGUGAGAUGCUACAGCAGUGUAAAGAGGAAUUCAUUGACAAAAUUUCUGGGGGCAAACCCCUGGAAGUAGAGAUGGCAGGGAUAGAAUACAUGAAUGAUGAUCCUGGCAUGGUAGAUGUUCUUUACGCCAAAGUCCAUAUGAAAGAUGGCUCCAACAGGCUGCAGGAAUUAGUUGAUCGAGUGCUGGAACGUUUUCAGGCAUCUGGACUAAUAGUGAAAGAGUGGAAUAGUGUGAAACUCCAUGCUACAGUCAUGAAUACUCUAUUCAGGAAAGACCCCAAUGCUGAAGGCAGGUACAAUCUCUACACAGCGGAUGGCAAAUAUAUCUUCAAGGAAAGAGAAUCAUUUGAUGGCCGAAACAUUUUAAAGCUAUUUGAGAACUUCUACUUUGGUACCCUAAAGCUCAAUUCAAUUCACAUCUCUCAGAGGUUCACAGUAGACAGCUUUGGAAACUACGCCUCCUGUGGACAAGUUGACUUCUCCUGAGGUGGAUCUUGGGAAACACUAGAUAUUGAACAUCCUCACAAGGUGCCAAGGAAGAGUAUCUUCAUCUUAAUUGCCAAGGAGGGAUAUGG